AUGAGCCAAAAACAAGCAACCACAAUGGAUUCACAACUCACUAUCGGGCUCCCUAAAGUGUACGCUAGCAAGGAAAACAAAUGUGUACCACCGACCAAUGAGUUUAUCGCCGGAACAUGGCAUGUAACGCAUUCGACUCUUCCAAUGUGGAAGGAUAAACGCAACGUCAACAUUACCUACAAGAUCCUCCCUGCUGAUUCGAAGGGGACUGUCAAGAUCGACGAUCUUGUUAGCUAUCAGGGUGUUAAGUCUGAGAAGAUCCAGACUGUUAGUGGGAUUGAUACUCCGUCUCCAGGGAACCAAGGCGCUUGGGACUGGAGAGGUAAAGGCUGGUUGAUUAUUGCGAGCUCUCACUGGGAGUGUCUUGGCUUUGGCCAUACGGAUGAUGGGGGCCAGUGGGUGGUGACUUACUUCGCUAAGACUCUUUUCACGCCUGCUGGGAUUGAUAUUUAUUCUCGGAAGAAGGAGGGGGUUCACCAGGAUGUCAUCGAUGAAAUUGCUAAAGGUCUCAAAGGAUUUGAGGUUAAGGAUAUGACGGAUCUUGCAGAUGGUUUGUUUCAGGUUGUGCAAAACUAG